AUGCUCGGUUAUCUGCUGUCGUCUUUUCUGCUGCACCUCUCCUGCUACCCCGUUUCCUGCUGCUCAAUCCCCUUGUACUCCCGUUCCUACCUUAUCCCUCCCUUCUCUUCGUUCACCCAUAUGCUAUCAGACAACAACCUCACCUCACGGGACCCUGUGCCUCCUCUAGACAUGCUCCCUGUCCUGCUUCCCUCUCUCACCCCCUCUCCUUUCCCCACUUCUCCUUCUCUCCCAUCCCAGUAUCCUAUCAGACAACAAACUAACAGGCCCUGUGCCUCCUCUAGACGCUCUCCCAGCCAUCGCCACCAUCUCAUCUCCCUCUUUGAUAACCACUUCACCCGCGCACCUGCUGCCCCCCCCCCCCCUGCUGCUCCCUCUCCACUGCUCCCCUUCCUGCUCUGCUCUAUCCUGUUGCUGUCUUCCCCCCAUCCUCCCCCCCCCUCAACCCAUCCCAGUAUCCUAUCAGACAACAAACUAACCGGCCCCGUGCCUCCUCUAGACGCCCUCCCUGUCAUCGCCACCAUCUCCCUCUUUGAUAACCACUUCACCCGCGCGCCUGCUGCUCUGCUCAGCAACGAGAACGUCACACUGCAGCUAUACAGCAACGACCUCUGUGUGCCGUACCGCCCUCAGGUCACCACAGCCUGCUCGCCCCCUCUCGGCAUCAUGCAGCUAUACGGCAACGACCUCUGUGUGCCCUACCGCCCUGCAGUCACUGCAGCCUGCUCGCCUCCACUCGGCUUCAUGCAGUAUCAGCCCCCUCCCAUUUGCGACGACCUCGCCUGCCCCUCUCUCUACGCGCCCAGCCCGCCCCUGCUCGCGCUGACCAACGUGUGUGUGUGUGCUUCGCCGCUGGAGGUGGAAUUGAAGCUGACUGCGCCGCAGUAUGCGGUGUUUAAUGAUGAGCUCGCGAGUCUGCUUGUAGAGAGGAUCGCGGGGAGCUUGGGGAAGAAUGGGAUCGGCAUUUCGACAGGGCAGGUGGGUCUGGUCUGGUGUGUCUCGCCGCUGGAGGUGCAGCUGAAGCUCACUGCGCCGCAGUACGCGGUAUUUCAUGACGACCUCGCUGCUUGUAGAGAGGAUAGCGGAGAGUCUGGGCAAGAAUGGUAUCGGCAUUUCGACGGGGCAGGUGGGUCUGGGGGGAACUGGUGGGUGUGGUGGGGACAGGGCAGCCCCCUUCCCCAUUCCCCCGAGCCCCCUUCCCCAUUCCCCCGAGCCCCCUUCCCCAUUCCCCCGAGCCCCCUUCCCCAUUCCCCCGAGCCCCCUUUCCCAUUCCCCCGAGCCCCCUUUCCCCGUUCUGUCUCCCAAUCGCCAUCGUGUCGGUUACCAGGCCUAUACUCUCCCCUUCCACCUUCCUCUGUUCCCUUUCUCCUAUGUUCCCCUCUCUUCGUUUGCUUCCUCCCCCCUCGUUCAACAGAUCGCCAUAGUGUCAGUCACCGGGUGAGACCUGGGGGAGGCAUGCAUGGGGCAGGUGAGACCUGGGGGAGGCAUGCACGGGGAAGGUGUGACCGUGAGUCUUUUAUCUGGCAGAUAAGGGAGGCGUUCGUGUGGCACAAGGUGCUGCUGGGGACGGACUUUCGGCCUCACAUUGUGGAGGCCAUGUAUGGGCCAGGUGAGCGAGGAAGCAGUAGGCCACUUCACCAGGUGGGCCUUAUAUCGUGGAUGCCAUGUACAGGCCAGCUCCCUGUGGCGCCUACUGGGGGAGGGGGCAUGACCACUGCUGCAAUUGUGGGCAUCAGCGGUGGAGGGAGUGCUCCCCCACCCGCCCCCCCUGUGGCGCCUACUGGGGGAGGGGGCAUGACCACUGCUGCAAUUGUGGGCAUUGUGGUGGGGGGAGUGGUGGCCGUCGCUCUCAUUACUCUGCUGAUCGUGUGGCUGGUGCUGCUAAGGAACCGAAACAAAGGUGAGACCAGUGGAGCCUACUUGUUCUCAUGCCUUUGCCCUCUCGUGUUGCUGGUGCCCUCUGCUCUCUUCCUCUCUCGUGUUGCUGGUGCCCUCUGUUCUCUUCCUCUCUCGUGUUGCUGGUGCCCUCUGUUCUCUUCCUCUCUCGUGUUGCUGGUGCCCUCUGUUCUCUUCCUCUCUCGUGUUGCUGGUGCCCUCUGUUCUCUUCCUCUCUCGUGUUGCUGGUGCCCUCUGUUCUCUUCCUCUCUCGUGUUGCUGGUGCCCUCUGUUCUCUUCCUCUCUCGUGUUGCUGGUGCCCUCUGUUCUCUUCCUCUCUCGUGUUGCUGGUGCCCUCUGUUCUCUUCCUCUCUCGUGUUGCUGGUGCCCUCUGUUCUCUUCCUCUCUCGUGUUGCUGGUGCCCUCUGUUCUCUUCCUCUCUCGUGUUGCUGGUGCCCUCUGUUCUCUUCCUCUCUCGUGUUGCUGGUGCCCUCUGUUCUCUUCCUCUCUCGUGUUGCUGGUGCCCUCUGUUCUCUUCCUCUCUCGUGUUGCUGGUGCCCUCUGUUCUCUUCCUCUCUCGUGUUGCUGGUGCCCUCUGUUCUCUUCCUCUCUCGUGUUGCUGGUGCCCUCUGUUCUCUUCCUCUCUCGUGUUGCUGGUGCCCUCUGUUCUCUUCCUCUCUCGUGUUGCUGGUGCCCUCUGUUCUCUUCCUCUCUCGUGUUGCUGGUGCCCUCUGUUCUCUUCCUCUCUUGUGUUGCUGGUGCCCUCUGUUCUCUUCCUCUCUCGUGUUGCUGGUGCCCUCUGUUCUCUUCCUCUCUCGUGUUGCUGGUGCCCUCUGUUCUCUUCCUCUCUCGUGUUGCUGGUGCCCUCUGUUCUCUUCCUCUCUCGUGUUGCUGGUGCCCUCUGUUCUCUUCCUCUCUCGCAAACCUGUGGAGCUCAGAGGACUACAAGGCAAUAGAGGGGCUGCAGGCGCUGGGCGUGCACCGGUGCAGCUCAGUCUGAGGCAAUAUGUGCUCUCCACCCAUCCCCACCCAUCUUCACCGCUCCCCAUCCCUCCCCAUCCCUUCCCACCCCUCUCCAUCCCCCUCCACCGCUUCCCACCUCGGUAUUUUCCUGAAACAUCAGACCUGUGGAGUUCAGAGGACUACAAGGCAAUAGAGGGGCUGCAGGCGCUGGGCAUGCACCGGUGCAAGCUGAAGGAGAUAGCCGAUGCCACCCAGGGGUUCAAGACGCUGCUGGGGGAGGGCGGAUACGGACAGGUAUAUCUGUUGGAGCCCCAGGUUGGAGCCCCAGGUGGAGAGAGGGCGCAGAUCGCGCAUAUGGGGCAGGCGCAUAUGGGGCAGGUGCGUAUGGGGCAGGUGCGUAUGGGGCAGGUGCGUAUGGGGCAGGUGCGUAUGGUGCAGGUGCAUAUGGGGCAGGUGCAUAUGGGGCAGGUGCAUAUGGGGCAGGUGUACCGGGGAGUGCUGGUAACAGGAGAGGUGGUGGCAGUGAAACGAGCCAAGGGCCAUGUGAAGCUGGGUGGCACGGAGUUUCGCAACGAGAUCCAGCUGCUGUCAGCAGUACGCCAUCGCAACCUGGUGGCACUGAAAGGCUUCUGUGUGGAGGCGGGCGAGCAGCUGCUGGUGUAUGAAUUCAUAGAGAGGGGGACGUUGGAAGAUAUGCUGAGAGCUGACUCAAAGCACCAGUUGACGUGGCGGCAGCGGGUCAACAUUGCGUAUGGAGCGGCCAAUGGGUUUGCGUACCUGCACCAUCAGAUCAAGCCGCCCAUCAUCCACCGCGAUGUCAAGACGGCCAACAUCCUCAUCACAGCAGGCCUCGAGACGGCCAACAUCCUCAUCACAGCAGACCUCGAGACGGCCAACAUCCUCAUCACAGCAGGCCUCGAAGCAAAGGUGUCAGACUUUGGAAUAUCCAAGGCUGUUCCUGAGGAGGCGGAGGGAGGGAAGCUGGAGACACAAGUCAAAGGGACCGUGAAGAGAGGGGGAAAAGGGGUGACUUUUGAGGCGCCUCAAGAAGAGAGGGGAAAAGGGGUGACUUUUGAGGCGCCUCAAGAAGAGAGGGGGAAAAGGGAGCAAAUGAGUUUCUUGAGCCCUUCAAGUGAUAAGCCGCAUGGCCUUCCCUCCCCUGUCAACCCCCUCCCCUGUCAACCCCCUCCCCUGUCAACCCCCUCCCCUGUCAACCCCCUCCCCUGUCAACCCCCUCCCCUGUCAACCCCCUCCCCUGUCAACCCCCUCCCCUGUCAACCCCCUCCCCUGUCAACCCCCUCCCCUGUCAACCCCCUCCCCUGUCAACCCCCUCCCCUGUCAACCCCCUCCCCUGUCAACCCCCUCCUUUCUCCCUUCAAGGGCUAUUUGGACCGCAGUACUUACAGUGGCUAUUUGGACCCACAAUAUUUCCAAUGCGAUCUUCUGACUGAGAAGAGUGACGUGUACAGCUUUGGCAUCGUGCUGCUAGAGCUUGCCACUGGCCUCCGCCCGGUGACCAACGGGGAGCACAUAAGACGGAUCGUGAUCGAUAGGGUUACCAACCACGGUGGUGUGAACAGUGUCAUGGACCCGGUUUUAAAAGCCAUGUGUGAGGGGCAGCAGGGGGGGGAUAGGGGGACCGGGGAGGGGGGAGGAGAGGCCGGAGGAGCUAGGGGAGGAGAAGGAGAAGGGGAGGGUGGAGGGGAAGGGAGAGGAGGUAGAGGAGGUGGGGGAGGUGGAGAGGUGGGGAUGAGUGAAAGUAAGGAGACGUGUGGAAGCGAGGCCUUGGAGGAGACGUUUGAGUGGUUCUUGCGGCUUGCAAUGCGGUGCAGCUUGAAACAGGCUCAGAACCGACCCGACAUGCAACAGGUUUUGAAGGAGUUGGAAGGGAUUAAGAGGCGAUUGAACCGGGUUUCUGCUUCUUGUGGUGUUGGCGGUAGUGCUGGUGCUGCUGCUGCUGGCGCUGCUGCUGGCGCUGCUGGUGGUGGUGCUGCUGGUGGUGAUAGUAGCAGGCGUGACAAUGGCGAAGGGCACGAUUGGGAAGAGGAGCCUGUGUGUGUGGCUAAGUCACAAACCAGCGACAAGUUUUGGAAAGAAAUAGCUGCAGCGGCAUCAGGAGGCGCUGCAAGGGAGGAUUGGGGGGAGGAGGACGAGGAGGAGGAUGUUUCGUGGUAUGAGGAGCGAAUGAAGAGGAGUGGAGAAGGUAAGGGUGGGACUUCGAGCAGCGGUGGGGAUGGGUUGAGUCCGAUGGUUACGUUCAGUGGGAGUGUGCAUAAAGGAGACGUGAAUCCCCGGUGA